UCAAAUUAAUGUAGUGAAGUUGAUUUAUGUUGUCAUAGUAAAUGGAGGUUUUGAUUCCACUGUUUCAAUUUCACAUUAUCUAUCUACACACGCACUAAAUAUUGAACAACAGCAAAACAUACGAACAAUAAACAAAACAGUUGCCAUGGUAACUUGCACCACACCGAAACGAAAACAAACUGCCAAUACAUUCUCUCUAGCUUUUGUUGUGUUAAUACUGCACCAGCUGAAAGAGUUAUAAAAUCAGUCACAUUAUUCCCAAACAAAACCAGCAACAAAAAAGUUAUGUGAAUAAUAAGAUCACAGUGUUUAAGCUUGUGCUACACCAAUUAUUGUGCAUUUCUGCAACCACACCAUAUAAUUAUGAGCAGCACGCUGCGGUGCAGAGGUUAAGUUAGAGGCAUACGAAAAUACAACAAGACUACAAGACGGGGAAACACGAACGAUAAUCGUUCUACAAAUUUGCACGAACAUUCCAGCGCAACCGUAGCCCUGGGAGGGAUUUUGUUUCUACAAAACGGUCAUCAUCGUGCGCGGCGUGGCUGACGAGUGUGGCUCGGACACAGGUUCCGCAAGGUUCACGCCCACUGAAAAAAAAAGAAAAAACACAAAACACAGACUCCAUUUCCACCCCGAAAAAAAUACGCCGAAAUUUCAUUUCACAAUACGUUUUUUUUUAACGAAACGGAAGCAAAGCAAAGACAGUGCUACAGCUUGACAGCACUCUGAAGGCUGUAGGAAGCAAGAAUAAAAAACAAAACGAAGAAACAUACAGCAAAAACACAAACAACCGAAUACCCAGCCGUUCGGUGUGGCCAGAAGAACACGAGAGCAAAUUAUAUAAUGGACAAUUUCUUCGCUGCCAUAUCAUUAUUCCGUCGACGGAAAUAUGAUGAGUGCAUCGAGGUGUGCAACGGUCUGCUGCAACAUAAUGCCCUUCAUCAAGGUCCUUGGGAGCUGAAAAUGCGAUCUAUGACCCAGCGGGUGUACAUCGACGAUAUCGAGGCGGACGAUGAUGUUGCGGAGGAUAUUUUGGACACGCAGACAAUCGCCACCGCACCGCGUCCCGGUACCUCCAUCCGGACAGCGAUGGCUAAACCGACAACCUCCGGUACCAUCAACGCCACAAAUCGCCCUCGUACCGGAACUGGCAGACCAAUUACCGGCAUUUCUCGUCCUGGAACACUCUCUCUUCAACGGCCCGCGUCCACGCUUGGUAACAAAACAGCCCUCAGGACAGGCUCGCGUACAGCGGCCGGAACUACUGCCGGUGGUUCGGCACGUAACAUUCGGCUCGGGUCAGCCUCAAUGUUUGCCGUCGGUGAUCCAACUGGGCCCUUGUUUCACAUCUCACGCUUACAUCCAGACAAGUACGCCGAACGGGAUGCACUCUCGAAACCACUGUUUCAGUAUCUCUACUAUCACGAGGGUGAUAUUCGUAAAGCGAUGGCACUGUGUGACGCUGUUCUGGCACGCCGCCGAACAGCCGAAUUGCUAACGGACGCAAGUAGCGGUUGGUGGUGGAACACACAGAAGGCACGCUGUCUUAUCGCGAUCGGAAGUCCCCGUGAGGCGGAACCGUACCUGCGGAUAGCGUUGCAGGAGUUACACCAUCCGGAUGUGGUGUUGUUACUGGCCCGGAUCUACAUCAAGAUAGAUCAACCGACGGCAGCACUGGAGGUGUGCAAACAGGCCCUAGAGAAGCAACCGAACGAGAUCAGUCUACUGACCCAACAGGCACGCAUACUGGAGCUAGUUGGGAAUUUAACAACAUCCGUGCGAAGAUACCGACAAAUCUCGGCCCUGGAUCCAAUGAACACGGAAGCACUGGCAUGUAUUGCUGUGAGUUACUUCUACGCCAACCAGCCGGAAACGGCACUGCUGUACUACAGACGUAUCCUGUCGAUGGGUGCACAUAGUGCAGAACUGUACUGCAAUAUUGGGUUGUGCUGUUUGUAUGGUGGACAGUUGGAUUUGGUAUUUCCCUGUUUUCAACGCGCGUUACGGAUGGCGACAACGAGCGAACUACGAGCUGACGUGUAUUAUAAUUUGAGUUUUGUCGCACUGACAACCGGUGACAUCCAUCUAGCAAGGCGCUGUCUGCGUCUCUGUAUCGCCGCUAAUGGAUCCCACGCAUCGGCACUGAACAACAUGGCCGUUCUGGUCGCUCGCCAGAAGCAGUACCAAAAGGCCAAAUCCUACCUGCAGGCAGCCCGCACUGCCCAUCCCACUAGCGAUGAGAUUGGACACAAUUUAAAAUUUAUUGAAAAUUUCCAAUAAAAUAAACUGAUAUCGAGUUCUUCAGAUUAGCGUGCGCGAGCAAAGCGAAGAAAAUAAAACUAGAACAAGAGAAAUCUUCCUCCCCCCCAAAAAGACUUCCCAAUUGGAAUCUGGAUAGAUAAAUAUCGCCACUCAACACGCCAACCGUCAACGGGUAUGGCACGGUUCAGGCUAAAUUUAUGCGCCAAAUUUCAUCACCUAUGUUAAAGGGGCGCGUGCGCUCAACAGGGUCCACUUUGCAUCGUUUCCUAAAGGCACAAAAGCUUUUCUGUCAUUUCCGAUACAAUUCAACAGGGAUGGGGGAACCGAUCAACACGCUGUACCAGCGGGAACAGAUGCAUAAAUUCGAGCCUUAUUUUUAGACAUUCUUUUACGUCUCACAGCCAGUUUAUCUCACGAACAUUUUUUCGUUUUUUUCCAAAGUUUAAUCUGUCCAGUCAUUUUCAGGUUGGCAGAAUGUCCUGCGAAAGAAGCAAACCGAAACCGUGUGGAACCAUCUAAGCACAGCGGGAAGGAUUUAAAUAUGUUCUGUUUUUUUUUUAUAUAUCUUUAAUCAACGCGUUGGUAGAGUAGGUAUGGACGGUGCGAAGUGUUUGCUAAUGUUGUCUCAGGCGAUUUGCCAAAUCAUUAGUCGCGCACAAAACGGGAUCGAGCUUCGUUUGCUGCGAACCAAUCGUGAAUCGAAAUGGAUGUCCAGAAAAUUAUGUGAUCGGUCUUAAAAUGGGUUGACAACUGACACGAAACGAGAAUUAAGAAAGAAAACAGUCAUUAGCCGCAAGCUGUUUCCUUUUCUUUUAGCACAAAAAAAAUAAAGUUUCGGUAAUGAGGAUAUUUGUAAUAAUUUAUUAAAAGGUUAGAGACUAUAGAGCACAAGACCCACCCAUGGGCACAGGAAUAGUAUGGAAAUCUUUACUCAUUUCGCGCUUCUGCACCACUGACCGGAUGGCUAGUAAAUAUGAUUCUUUGGCACGCAAAACUAAUAAAAUGCCAAAAAGAUAACAGAUACAAAAGCUGGAGAAAAAAAACAACACCAAAUCAAUAUGACCGCACCUUGGCACCUUGGCACCGUGGGCAUGAGGUACCAAAAUAACUCAUCAGCGAUACGUCUCACGCUGGAAAGUCUUCGGUACGACGACAACUUGUCCACGGGAUCGAAGCGUCUUUUUUGGGGGUCCCAAGAGAAGAAUAAAAUUUACAACAAAAAAAAACUAAAGAACCAGCAAGCAAAACGAACCCGAAACUCGAUGGAAUCAAAUGCCAUAAUCAAAACGGAAUCAGACACGAAAACGAAGAACGGAAAGAAUGGGACAACAUUCCGGCUGUGAGUGUGGUGCAAAGAUAUUCGAAAGAUGGUCAGCACAAAUCACCCGAAAGAUAAUUUAUUAAUGUGUUCUGAUAGCGAAUAUUCGUCUGACAGCUUUCGACUGACACUCGAUUCAUAAUGGGACAGGGAGCAGCAGUACAAGGGUAUUGGCAUUAUUUGUGUUUUUUUUUUUGGGAGAUUUUUUUCCCUUUAAGUCAUUCAUUUCAUGAGUGUGCUUCGCACGAAACACGAUCCGGGGAUGGUAUCGGGAAAUCGGGAAGAGGGAAGGGAGAUCUAGGACCAGCAAUGUCGUAGAAAAGAAUGAACGCUCCAAGGGAUUAGAUCGAUCGUACAAGAUAGAAGGAGGUACCAGGUGCAAAACGUUACGCGUUUUUUUUUUAUUUCUUUCCAGAUCUGAUUCCCUUCUAUUAGAACUCUCUAUCACUGUUUCUGUAUGCUUGUGAAAGAAUCGACCAAAGGCAAAAAAAAAAACGUUUCGUGGAAUGUAUUUGUAUUCCUUUCGAUUAUGAUAAGAAACCUUAUUUAUUCUACCAUCCAACACGUUGACUAAUCUCGCACGAUCGCCGAUACGAAACGGCGUAACAUAACCCAUUCCAGUAGGGUUCUGAUUACAAACGGAACAGUCCCCACACACUGGUGUGUACGAGGCGAACACAUCAUCCAUUGACAUCUGUCAUGUCAGGCGCAAAUGGUGCGCUCUGUCGUCGUUGCUUCCCCGUGCUAGUAGAGAUACGCAAAACUCUUCGAUCCAGACAACACACAAUAAAUGGAGUCUCGAUUUGAUAAACUCACCGGUGGAAAAGAUAUUCAAGGUUUGCCUUGGCACCCCGAAAAAAAAACUGUCCAAAUAAUGUAGCCGUGCGUGACGAACACGCAUUCGCGCUGAUGGGUAUUUUAUUACAAUCUUCUUAGCUCAUCAACUUAAUGUCCAAGAAGGAUAGGGAGAGAGAGCAUCCCGUAGGGGCAGCUGUGUGAGUGGUAUGAAACGAUACAACCCUUCCCCAAAACUCCCUUCAGUAGUUUAUCAGACGGUAGAAACAUCUGCAUCUUCAGCAACACGCCGAUAACUGCACGUCUUUUUAUAGCCAAGGCAACAACUUGCAAAUAUGCUCGGUUUUGUAGUGCGUUUGCGUACAUAUGGGGUACAUACGAUAAUAGUACGUCCAAUGAGGAUGACUCCAAUUGGUGAUCGAAAAUGCUGAUCAAUCAUAAUUGGGCAUACAGCGU